AUGGACUUGAUCUCAGAGAGUCCUGAAAGGGAAGUCGUGCAGAAGAAGCGAAAGAACAAUCCUGGGAAGUUGAAGGAGGUCUCUACAGGAGGUGAGACGAGAGUCUCUCAGUCAAAGACAGCAUACAGCCGUUGGAGAGUCGACGAGGAGGUUAAACCGGCUUCCUCUCCUUUCGCUUAUUGA